UAUAAAAGCAGAAGAGGAGGACAAAAAAAAAAAAAAAUUGGAACAAAAAUAAUAGUACCAUCUUCAGCACCACCGUCACCGUCUUCUUCCCCGCGCCCUUCCUCCCUCCUCUUUGUUCUGAAUCCCCUCUGUCUCUCUUCCGGCUUGUGGGGAGGUUUCCGCCAUGGAGGAGGUGAGGCCAUCAGUCCUGAGAGGCCGCCAUGGCUUCCGUGCACACAGCGGAAAGAAGGCCGCCAAUGGCAAUGGCUUCCCUCCUACUCGGACCGUUUACGACGACGUAUUCGGCGGUCCCCCGAAAUACACUGCCCUCGUUUCCCCCUGCGUCGACGACUACGCCGAGAUAUUCCGUGGUCCUUCCCCUGCUCAGAAGACGCCUCCUGUGCCGUUCCUCGAGCUCGCCAGCGACUACGACGGCGAGGUCGCGCUAGUCUCCGGCGACUCCUAUGCGGACAUCUUUGGCGGGUUCGCUUGUGAUUUCACUGUCUCGCUCGACGAGCUGCUCGGACGAUCUCAGGCCACUGCUGAAAUGAAGGGUUUUAGGGGUGAUUCUGCUAAGAAAGCCCGCUAUGUAGUUGAUGGAGAAAAGAACUCUGUGGAGACUCGUAACACAAAAGGUAGCAUUAAUGCAAGCAGUGCAUCUAUUGUCACUGAAAAGGUAGCAGAAAUAAAGCUUGACAAUAUAGCCGAUUUGAAGUCGCCAAAGAGAACCUUGUUAAGUGACUCUAAAGAUAAUUCCCUACCUAAAAUGUUCAGACAUGAGCUCAAGAAAGACGACUUAGAUGCCACGUUGAAGCCCUGUCAGUUGGAAGAUGGCCCUUUCGUUAAUUCACAUGUAUAUCCUUCGUACCAUGACUAUGGUGUUGAUAAGUACGAGUCAAAGGAUGUAUUUUUGUCUGUUACUGAGAUUAGCCUUCAGACUCAGCCUACGGAACUGCCACCUCCUUCAAGACCACCUCCCAUGUUAGGCAUCAAGCAUGAUUCAAAUAAGCGAGGUAUUUCUGAAAAAAGGCUGGGUACAAGCACCAGUUUUUAUGAGAACAGUGAUUUGCUUAAUGGGAGGAACAGCAGUCGACAACGUCAUGCCAUGGCUGCUUCAGGAACUUUCUCAGCAGAAGAGGCCUCAAAACAGAGUUCACCUCGUUUCCUAGAUGUUGAGGUUGACAUGAAUUCAGCUGCUGCUGCCUCUGCAGCUGCAAUGAAGGAAGUGAUGGAGGAAGCAAAGGCCAAGCUAAAGCUAGCAAAGGAGUUCAGGGAAAGAAGAAAAAAUAGUCUAAAAAACAAUAAAAAGUUCACAGACAAAAAGGCACAAGGAAAUAGUGGAACCUCCUUGGAGCGUUUUGAACUUCAAAAAACAGAAAGGAGUUUUGUCCUUGUCCAGAAAUGCACUGAGGAAAAAGCAAGGAAGGGAACAAGUGUGGUUUCAGAUUCCCGUGAUCAGAAAACGAACAGAAGAGAACACCAAGUGGAGGAGGUUCACACAUGCAGGGUAAGGGAGAACAUGGGGAAUGCAGCUGUUGUGAUUUGUGAAAAGGAGCAAAAUGACAAGAAGGUAGAAUCUGAUCAUCGUUCUCAUGGAAGGGAGGAUGGUAUGAAGAAACGAAUUAUGACUGAACACGAUACGGGUAUGAAGGCUGUUCAAACAACUCAAGAGGAGGAGGUUCACAUAUGUAGGGUAAGUGAGAAGAUGGAGAAUGCAGCUGUUGAGAUUUGUGAAAGGAAGCAAAAUGAGAAGAAAGUAGAAUCUGAUCAUAGUUCUCAUGGAAGGGAGGAUGGUAUGAAGAAACAAAUUAUGACAGAACACAAUACAGGUAUGAAGGCUAUUCAAACAACUCAAGAGGAGGAGGUUCACAUAUGUAGGGUAAGUGAGAAGAUGGAGAAUGCAGCUGUUGAGAUUUGUGAAAGGAAGCAAAAUGAGAAGAAAGUAGAAUCUGAUCAUUGUUCUCAUGGAAGGGAGGAUGGUAUGAAGAAACAAAUUAUGGGUGAACACGAUACAGGUAUGACUAUGAAGGCUGUUCAAACAACUCAGCAGCAUAUGGAAAGCGAGAAGAUAGAAACUGAUAAAAAAUACUGGGUGGGAAAUGAAGUUGAUGGAAAAGUAACUGCAACAGGAGAGAUUCAUCAACAGGGAGCAUGCUCAGAUACACUGGAGACUGCUCAAGAGUCCAUGAAUCAAGAGAAGAUGAAUCUGAUCAAACAAAUGGCUGCUCAAGAACCGAUGGGACUGGAAGAGACUUGGCAGCAGGAAAAAACAGAGGAAAAGUUUGCUUCCACACUAGAAACUCAUGAGGAGGAACGUUCAAAUGGAUUGAAGAUUGCUCAAGAAUUCAAAAAGGAAGAUGAGGUGCAUAAGAAGACUGAAAAGGCUGCUCAAGAAGAAGAGACUUGGCAGCAGGAAAAAAUAGAGGAAAAGUUUGCUUCCACACUGGAAAGUCAUGAGGAAGAAUGUUCAAAUAGAUUGAGGACUUCUCAAGAAUUCAAAAAGGAAGAUGUGGUGCAUAAGAAGAACGAAAAGGCUGCUCAAGAAGCAGAGAUCCAGCAGCAGGACGAGAAUAAGGAACAAAAAAUUUUUCAGGAAGAAAGCAAAGGAAAUGAAAGAGAGGAACAAAGAGCUACUACUAGGGAGCCUCAUGAACAGGGUGGAAGUUCACAUGGAGCAGUGACAACUCAAGAAUCUAGAGAGCAAGAUGAAGUGCAUGAGAACAAAGAGAAAGUCCAGCAGCAAGAAGAGGAGGAGAAGCUGACACCUGAUAAUAUGGUGAGGGAAAGAAAUGAAGAGGAAAAAAUAUCUGCAAGAGGGGAGAUUCAUCAAGAUAAUGAAUGUUCAAAUGAUUUAGAGACUGCUGAAGAAUCCAUAAAGCGAGUUGAAAUGCUCAAGAACAAAAAAGAUGUUGCUCAAGAAGAGGUUCAGCUGCAGGAAGAAAAGGAGGAGCAGAUAAAGGUUGGUCAGGACUGCCAAGGAAAUGAAAAACUGGAAGAGUUAACCACAGCAGGGAAGAAUCACAAACUGAGAGAGAGAAUAAACGGAUUAAAAGAUGUUCAAGAAUCCAGAAAGCAAGAAGAAAUUCAGAAGAACAAACCAAGGGCUACUCAAGAGGCAGUGUUUCAGGAAGAAAACAUCAGCGUGAAAGCUAAUGAAGCAGCUGAUAAGCAUAAACAAAAUGAAAAAGCAUUUCAUAUUCUUGUGGAUGGUGAUGAUCUUGAUGCAACAACUAAAAGGCAAAAUACUGCUCAAACAACUCCUGUGCAGGAAAUCAAAGAGAAGAAAGUGGAAGCAGCCCAACAUGUUAAUAAAUUGGAAGAGAAAGAUAAGAUAUUAAAGAUGUCUCACAAAAUCAAUGAGAUUCAAGGAGUUGAACAGAAGAUGAGAAAGUUCAAUGAAAUCCAUGAAAAAGGUGAAAAAGAAAAAUCUCAAUUGGAAAAGGAAAGACUGAAAAGGGAUCGGGAACAAGAAAUGGAGCGGUUAAUGAAACUAGAAGAAGAAAAAGAAAGGGAACGCGAAAGAGAAAAGGACAGGAUUGCUGUUGAACGAGCUACUCAUGAAGCUCGUGAUAAGCCAGUUGCUGAUGCCUGGGAUAAGGCGGAAAAAGCAGCUGUAGAGAGAGCAACUGUUGAAGCCAGGGAGAAAGCUCCACCUGAACCCAAGGUCGUAGACAGGACUUCUGCAGAAGGCAAGUUCAGGACAGAGCGAUCUGCUGUAGAUAAAGCAACUGCAGAGGCUCGUGAAAGAGCUGCUGAAAGAGCAAUUGUUGAGAAAGUUGCUGCAGAGGCAAGGGAGCGUAUGGAAAGAGCUGUUGCCGAGAGGUUUGCUGCUGCAUUAAGAGAUAAGCAGAAAAAAGAUAAUGAUCGUGAAGAUGCAAGCCUGAGAAUGAAUGGUGCUCGGAGCACUACCGCUGAGGUGCAGAACACACGUGAUGCUUCAUCAAGUGAGACAGAGAAAAGGCGAAAGGCAAAGUUUGAUCGAUAUCGGCGUACUACAGAACGUGCGGCAAAAGCUCUUGCGGACAAGAAAGCUCGUGAUAUUCUUGCUCAAAGGGAGCAGGCAGAAAGAAAUAGAUUAGCUGAAAGCCUUGAUGGUGAUGUCAAAAGGUGGUCGACUGGGAAGGAAGGAAAUUUGCGUGCAUUGCUUUCAACACUGCAAUAUAUCCUUGGGCCCGAGAAUGGAUGGCAGCCUGUGCCACUGACGGAAAUAAUAACAUCUGCCGCUGUCAAGAAGGCCUAUCGGAAGGCUACCCUUUGUGUACAUCCUGACAAGGUUCAACAACGGGGUGCAACCGUUCAACAGAAGUAUAUUUGUGAAAAGGUCUUCGAUUUACUCAAGGAGGCAUGGAACAAAUUCAAUUCCGAGGAGCGUUGAAAAGCUUCAUGUCAUCGUCCCAGAUUUUUCCAUUGUAAUGCAACCGUUUUAAACUAACUUCCACGCACAGGAAGCCAUCCUGUCUAUCAGUGCAGUGGCAUCAGUUGUACAAGAAGCAUUCUGGAGUGCAGCUUUCAAGCAUGAAGAGCAAAUGGAACCUAUGUGCAUGAUAACAAACUUGUAAAUGUUCAUAUCUCCUGUUGAAGAUUAUUCUUGUAUGUUAAAUGCAUGCACAUGUAGGCAAGUUUCUGCAGAAGCGUUCAUGAAGCAAGCUGCAAUCUUUACAGCUCCACAAAAUCUAAUGUUAUUUUUUAUGCAUUAUAUCCCAAGGAAAAAAGCAUGUAAAAAUUCUCCAUGUUUUUGUCCGCUUAUCA